CGCGCCAGCGAAACCCUAGCUACUCCACCCCCCUAUAUAUUUCCAUCCACGCCGCAUCCUCCCAAACCCUAGAAGCCCCCUGCCUCCUGCGCCUCCACCCUCCUCGCCGCCUCUUUCCCUCUGUGACCGCAGAUCCAUCCGGUGAGAGGAAUCCGCCCGCCGCCAUGUCGUCCAGUGAGAUCGCCUGCACCUACGCCGCCCUCAUCCUCAGCGACGAUGGCAUCCCCAUCACUGCUGAGAAGAUCGCGACCAUCGUGAAGGCCGCCAACAUCAAGGUUGAGUCUUACUGGCCCGCGCUCUUCGCCAAGCUCCUGGAGAAGCGCAGCGUUGAGGACCUCAUCCUCUCCGUUGGAUCUGGUGGUGGUGCUGCUCCAGUUGCUGCCGCUGCCCCUGCUGGUGGUGCUGCAGCUGCUGCUGCCCCGGCUGCUGAGGAGAAGAAGGAAGAGGCCAAGGAGGAGUCUGAUGAUGACAUGGGCUUCAGCCUGUUCGACUAAGUAGCCCAAGGCCCAGCCAUUAGCAAAUUCACUUAUGGUGUCCAAGACUAUCUUAUGUUAUGUCUCUAGGCUUUCGUUACAAGUACUCAAGUUUUGAAGUUUUUGAGAUGUGGUGCUAUGGCUAUGUGAUGAACCGCAAACCAUCUUAUUAGAGUGAAACUUGUUUCUAUGUUCUUGUUCAAGCUUAAAAGGCCCAAUCUUUUUGAGAUGUGGUUGGA